AUGACGGGCAAGGAGGCCACCCUUUACGAGAAGCUGCCCCAGCAGAAGGUGCGGUGUACCGCAUGCGCCAGAUACUGCGAGGUGGCGCCAGGACAGAUUGGCCUGUGCGGAAUUCGCGGCAACACGGACGGGAGGCUGGAUCUCUUUGUAUACGGCAAGGUGAUUGCGGGCCACGUUGAUCCGAUAGAAAAGAAGCCCGCGGUUCACUUUCACCCCGGCUCCAGGGUACUCUCCAUAGCCACCACCGGGUGCAACUGGCUAUGCCGGUACUGCCAGAACCAUGAUAUCAGCCAGAGGAGGCGCGUAGAGGGACAGGAUAUGACGCCCCGUGAGGUGGUGCAGACCGCCCUGGAGUACGGGGCUGACGGAAUCGCCUAUACGUAUAACCAGCCGUCCAUCUUUAUCGAGUUUGCCAGGGAUGUUGGAGUCAUCGCUCGCAAGAACGGGCUGUACAACGUCUUUGUCUCAAACGGGUACGACACACCCCAGACAGUGGAGAUGAUGGGUGAGUUUCUGGACUGCAUAACCGUGGACUUUAAGGGCAGCGCAGAACCCGGCUUUACCAAGAGAUACAUCGGGGUGCCCGACCCGCAGCCGAUCUUUGACACACUCCUAGAGAUAAGAGACAAGACAGACAUCCACAUCGAGAUCACCGAUCUCAUUGUUCCGCAGGUAGGCGACGAUCUGCGGUACGCAAGAAAACUGUGCGAGUUUGUGUACGACGAGCUGGGCUCUGAUACACCAAUCCACUUUUUGCGGUUUCAUCCGGACUACAAGAUGAUGGACCUGGAGGCGACCCCGGUUAGGACGCUGGAGAGGCACCACCACGUGGCAAAGGAGGUGGGGCUAGAGUACGCCUAUCUGGGAAACGUGCCCGGCCAUCCCUUGGAGCACACGAUCUGCUUCCGCUGCGGCGCCACGGCAAUCGAGAGGUUCGGCUUUGAUAUCCGAGCAUGGAACCUGGAUGAGAACAACCGGUGCCUGUCCUGCAAAAACCAGCUUCCCAUAGUCGGCGAACUCUCCCGAAACUACAAAUCCAACCGUUUCGUGUUUGUGCGCUGA